AUGUCGCCGAUCCGUCCGGGAGUGGUGGGGAGGAGAACGACGUUUGAGGAGUUCGUGGAGGAGCAGCUCAAGUUGCAGGAGGCGCGCGGAGCAGCUCACAAGGCCCACUCAGUCGACGCGCCGGUCCACACCACCAAGUCGUUUCUGAAGAAAGGAGAGGGGACCCAGCGAUUCGCCCGCGCCCGCCACGGCACCACCACCGCCGCCGACGCCUUCUCCUUCCCGGGGCCCGGUCCCUCGAGACGGUGCCCGCGGGCCCCGCGGCUAUCGCCGGCCGGAGCGGGGACGGCGCCGGCGGCGAGGACGCAGGGCCGCCGAGCCCUGCCGGAGGUGCAGGGCGUGAGCCGCGUGGGGCAGAAGCUCCGGCUGCUGAGCCAGCGUUCCGGCGGCGCCGGGGCCAUCCCGCGGUUGCCGAGCGGCGCCGGCGUCGAUGCCGGCGGGGCGGCGCCGGCGGCGGCGUCCGCCGGCCCGGCCCCGGCGGACGCGAGCGCCGAUAGAGCCGGGGCCUCCCGGUCGACGGCGUUGGAGCGAUUUCCGGCGCUGUCCACCGGCAGCGGCGCCGGCGGGGACGGCAGCGUGCCGCGGCUGGUGAGCCGCUUUGAGUCGAUGCGGGAGGACGGCGCUCCGCCCGUGAGCGACGACCGUGGUCCCGACGACACGUCCAAGCGUCCGGCACGUAGAGACGUCAACGGGAACUUAGACCAGGGCGGCUCCUCCGGCAGCGGGAAUGGCGCCGGCGACCCGGCUGCCGGCGCGAGUUCGGACGUCGCGGCGGCGGAAUCCCGUCUCAACGACAGGAUCGUCCACGUGCCCGUCGUGCCGGGAGACGGCAGCGCCCGCCGCAACGCCGCUGCCGCCGCCGCAGCGACUUCUGGCGACGACGCCGUCGCCGCACCCCAGGAGGUGCGGGCGGUCCCGGGGUGGGCGCGGUUUCGGGCGCGGCCGCCGACGCUCGCGAGGGCAUGGGGCGCCGGCAGGAGCCGCGACGAGGAGGACGACGGCGACCAGGACUACGCGAGCGACGCCCCCAGCGAGGCCGAUGCCGGGGCGGCCGCCCCUCCCGCCGAGCGGCGCCGGGCCAAGCGGCCGACGGCGAAACCCGGCAGGGCGAGGCAGCGGCGGCCGACGGCUGGGAAGCAGGACGGCGGGGGCGACGGCGGCGGCGGCGGCGAAGCGGAGAGCUCGCGACCGUCGCCGGCUCCCGCGCGGGACGGCACGGAGCCGGCGGGCGGUACCGGAGGACCCCGGCGAGCGGGAGACGCCGGGAGGGGUCCCCCGGCAGAGGGUGGGGAUCCCCGUGGCCCCCCCCACGGGGAUCCCAGGAUCGGCCGCCCUGCUGCGACAAACCCAGCGGUCGCGAAUCGGACGUCGGGCGGCGACGAUGCAAGUGCAGGGAACUCGAAGUCUCAUUCCAGCGGAGAAAGUGUCAAGUCGAGGGUCGGGCAGGAGGGAGCUUACAGACUUCUGGACAGGAGGGGCCUCAAGCUUCCGGCCUCCGCCCUGGACGGGGCGGGGAGCAGCCACGGGGGGCCCGGAGCCCCCGGUGGCCCCGCGGGCCAGGAGGAGCAGCGCUCGGCCGAGUGGGAGGAGAUUCAGAGGUUAAAACGUCAGCUGUGGGAGCUGCAACAGGCCGUGAAGCAGAAGGAGCGGCACUGGGAGGGUCCCAAGGCAGAGCUCCACCGUGGAGCCCAGGCACUGAGUCCACACCAAGAGGCAGCCCGACAUGUGGACAAAACAACAGCUAGACCAGCCAUGGAGCUCCAUCGUGGAGCCCGGCCGUUUAGUCCACACCAAGAGACAGCCCGACAUGUGGACAAAACAAUAGCUGGACCAGGCAUGGAGCUCCAUCGUGGAGCCCGGCCGUUUAGCCCACGCCAAGAGACAGCCCGACAUGUAGAUGCGACAACAUCAGAGCCAGGCGUGGAGCUCCACCGUGGAGUGCAGCCCUUCAGCCCACGCCUAGAGACAGCCCGGCAUGUGGACAAGAUGAGAGCUGGUCCAGGCACAGAGCUCCGCCAAGGAACUCUCCCGACUGCCGCCACGCACUCACGCCUCCUCUACAAGGAGGAGCCGAGCGACAGAGCGGCCGCGCUGGCGCCGCGCUGGCCCACCGCCCGCAGCAAGACCCCCACGCUGCCGAGGCCGCCCGUCCCCACCGACGGCCCCGACGUCGACGCCGCCCCGCGCGGCGGCCGGGCCGCCGACUGGCGGAGCCCCGUACCGGCGAGCGUCGACCGGUGGGGCGAGCAGCUACCCCCGACGAGGGGAAACGCCUUCGCCGGCGGCCCCCGUUCGCUGGCGGAGUCGGCGCACGCCGCCGAGCCUCCCCCGGGCGCCGAGUCGCGGCCCAAGACGCCGGUGCGGGCGACGCGGAGCCAAGACCUCUUCUACCGCGAUGCCGACCCCGGCUUCGAACCCGGCCCUUUCUCGGGGCGCGGGCACCGCUCCAAGACGCCUAACCCCUCGGCCGGCGGCGGGCGGCGCGCCACGGAUGCCGUUCCCCGCUCCAAGACGCCCAACCCCGAGACGCCGUCCACGCGCCUUCACGGGGAGGCGGCCGCCCCGAGCCGCCGCAAUGGCCUCGGUGGGGGGCCCUCGCGCGCCAGUGGAGCGCAGCGGCCCGGCGGCGCGCCGGCCCCCAACCGGGCCUCGCCGGCGCCGGAGCGGCACCGCCCGGCGGCCGGCCCCCCCGGGGACCCGGAGCUCGCGUGGCGGCGCUCGGGGGCCGUCCCGUCGCCCACCGCCGUGACGUUCGCGCCGGACCGGGCGCGCCGAUCCAAGACCCCGAACCCCGGCGGCGAGGCCCGGGCGGCCGCCGGGGCCGGAGCGCGUGGAUCCUCGCCGGGCCCGCGCGUGGCCGCGCCUCGCACCCCCGUGCCCGCCGCUCCCACGGGGACGACCGUGGCCGCCGGGGCUCAGCGAGCGCGGACGCCACUGGAGCUGAUGGCCAGCCCUCCCCACCGUCUGGAAUCGGCGCAUUUGGGAGCAGUUGGUUUCCACGACGACCGAGAGGCCGACGACGAUGUCCAGCAAGAGAUCCUGUAUCCGGACGGGAAGGUGGAAAUGGUCCUGCGGAGCGGCCGGCGCAUGGUGCAGUUCCGCAACGGAACCCGCAAGGAAGUGAGCGCGGACGGCCACACGGUGACGGUCGCGUUCCCCAACGGCGACGUCAAGAAAACCACCGACGACCAGCGCGUGGUCUACUACUAUGCGGAGUCGCGGGUAACGCACACAACGUACCCCGACGGCACUCAGCACGUGCGCUUCCCCAGCGGGCAGACAGAGACCCAGCACGUGGACGGUCGCAAGGAGAUCGUGUUCCCGGACGGGAUGGAGCGACUCAUCCACCGCGACGGGCGCGAGGAGAGCCGCUACUCCGACGGCACUCGCGUGCGCACCGCCAGGAACGGCGAGAAGGUGAUCGAGUUCGCCAACGGGCAGCGGGAGGUGCACACGGCGCAGUUCAAGCGCCGCGAAUACCCCGACGGGAUGGUCACCACGCUGUGGGCCGGCGGCCGCCAGGAGACUCGCUACCCCACGGGCCUCGUACGCGUGCGUGACCGCGGCGGCGGUGCCAGCGCCGCCUCGCCGGCACCGUCCGCGCACGCCGCCCCGCCGGCCUCUCCGGCACGGGGCGUGCAGCCCCGCGGACGUCCCACAAGCCCCCGGGCCUACCCAGGGCCCGGCGGGGGUGGCGGCGCGCGCAGGGUGUGAGGUUUGGGAGGCGGCCCGCCGGGAGGGGUGGGGGUUGCGGGCGGCGUAGCUAUCGGGUGUGCAGGCGGUGCAAUUGCAUCGGGGCCCGUGGGCCAGACCGGCUCAGGAAGCCGGCGUUACGAAAAGCGAGAGGAAGUUGUACGGUGGGCCCCGUGUCAUUCCUUGAGGGCCCAUGCCAGCCACGCUGCGCAAAAAACGCUGCGCCAACUGCGCUGCGCCAACCGCGGUGUGCCACUGGCAGGGUGGUGAGGGUGGCGACCCCGCACGUGGCGACGAAUCGGUUCACCGGUUAUGAUUGAUUCUUGCGCUCAUGAUAUACGCAUGAAAUCAUGAAAGUGAGAAUUGCAAGUUUAAGAAAGUUUUAUACAAGUUAUGCGUUGUCAUCAUCAUUACUAUCAUUAUUAUUACAUUCAGGUGAACGGAGUGGACCGUAGAGCUGUUUUUUGAGUCGCAUCUUCCUUUAUCUCAGGGCGGGGGGGAGGGUGGGAUGGGGAACCUUUUUCCUUACCGAGGGCCGAACGCUACGUUGAAAAACCUUUGGCGGGCAACCCCCACACGUCAGCGAGCGCACACCGCGGCGCUAUCCGGCAAGACCGCGAAAAGCGUCGGCUGAGUAUGACGAGGCCCUCGCAGUGGUGAAAGUGAACGAACGCGCUAAAUGUAUAAACACAGAGUUGCCAGGUCCACGAUGUUUCUCAGCCAGUGCCCGCUGGGCGCCGCUAAGACGCUCACAGCGACGGUUACAAAUGUCGUCUGUGGGCCGCUUCGCAGCGGCAGGAUGUGUGUUGAGCCUCUUUCGCACGGUACGUAGCCAACCGUGCUGAUCAGAGGUGCGGCGGAAAGGCCAACAAACUAAACACAAAAAGCAGUUUUAAAGAAAUGAGUUUUAAAUCUAGAUGAUGAUUUGCAAGUGCAAAGCUCCAGUGGGCUUCCUAACACCGGAAGAGCGUUCCAGACGGACGUAAAAGAGCAUCCGCAAGCGCCGUGCGAUGCGGUGACUGUCUUUGUUCGAUGGCUGAGCCAAAAAGCCGCUGCUGCGAGGCCUCCUACGAGGUAGGCCUACGACCACACUAGGCCUAUGAGGUAGGCCUACGACCACACUGGGCCUACGAGGUAGACCAAGUGUGGUCGCGGGAGCCAUGCGAAAUAAAGUCGCAGGCCAAAUUCGCUUCCCCAGCCCUGCUUGAAGUGGUCCCAGCCGUGAUCCCAGCAUGAAAAUCAUUCUUACGACAGGGUACUAAUGUCUAUAUUAAUAGAAAUAAUCAUAGUCGUUAAAACGCUGAUAUCCAAACGUGUAUUGGCGACUGUGUGUGCACUCAACGGAACAGUGCGGUAAUGGAGAAAUCGUGGACUAUCCGACGUGAUUCCGUGUCAGCUGGCACGGGUAGGCCUCAUUAAACGACUGAGUUUAUGCCAUCGUUUUGGAGUCCCAUUGGUCAUCGUUGUCAUCAUCAUCAUCGUCAUGAAACACCCCACGUGAUUCUUAACAGCACAACCGCGAAAGCUCACGCGGUCGUAUUAGCUCACGAGCAAUGAUGGUUGGUUGGUGUCACCUGGGAGGGCAAAUGCUCCCAGUAUCCGCCAUGGGAAGUGUCCACCAUGAGCAGAAGGCUUAGUUUAUAGACCGUCCGUUUUAUACACACACACGUGAUAUGUAUUUCACACAUUCCAUAGAUUUUUCACGUCACAUUCGUUUUGUUUCUUCCAAAAAGAUCUAUUGUCAUAAACACGGUAGCUUUCUUUAAUGACAUUUUUUUGCAAAAGUAGCCACCACAGAGACUUUGCUGUAAUGCAUCGUUGUGAUCUAGCGCAAUGGUUCUUAACCUGCGGUGCGAGAUGCCCUUUCUAGGGGUGCUAGACACGGCCAGAUUAAUUUAGAAGGUAAAUACUCGAACAAAAAAUUAAGCACGUAAAUACAACUACUUUGUUUCAUCCAACACUUUCUUUAUGAAAACUAUUCAUUUGUUCACGAUUGAGAACCAACGGGGUUGCGGGCUGCAGUAAAGGUUAAGAACCACUGACCUAAAAAUACCAGAAAAUCAUUAUCACCGUUUGCCACCCUGGCUGGUCGGUAUCGGUAAGUCAAUUUUGGGCCAAUGGGCAUUCAUUCGUAUUCUGUGGCCCACUUCGUUUUGAUGGGGUUUGAAGGUACCCGCAGCUGCUGGUGGCAAGCUACCCGCAGCUGGGGGUGGCACGGUAGCUGCAGCUGCUGGUGGUAAGGUACCCACAGCUGCGGGUGGUAAGGUACCCACGGCCGCUGGUGGCAAGGUACCCACAGCCACAGGUGGCAAGGUACCCACAGCUGCGGGUGGCAAGGUACCCACAGCUGCGGGUGGCAAGGUACCCACAGCCACAGGUGGCAAGGUACCCACAGCCACAGGUGGCAAGGUACCCACAGCCACAGGUGGUAAGGUACUCACAGCCACAGGUGGUAAGGUACCCGCAGCUACACGUGGCUACUUUGACGGUGUCCAUGCUUGUGUACACCGACAGUCGGGCAGGGCAAUGUCAGACCGGAGAGUGUGCGUCUUGAGGUCCAGGGUGAUUUGAUUGUGCAUGUACAAUGCGUAUUGACACGGUAAUAUUUUGCGAGUGCCAUGUUACUUUUUUUUUACGUAUAUAUGUCCUUUCUUUUGUACUGAACGAGUGUGUUAUGGAAAUAAGUUCCUCGUUUCCAAUGUAUGCAAAGCGGCUCUCGUCGGGACAUCCGCCUGCGUGUGCCAUGAAUUGCGUGUGCUAAACAGCGCUAAAUUAUUGUGUUUCUACUUGAAUUAAAUGCUCGCAUAGGGGAAGAGUG